CACUAGGGUUUUAUUAGCCUUCCCCCUACCUUUCUUCACUCCUCGUCUCCCUAAUCUCAGCAUCGCCUUCGCUUCGCCCUCGCCCUCUGCCCAUUGGCGCCGCGGUUGAACUGAAGAGGGUCGUCCAGGAUGGUGGAGAAGACGGCAGGGAGAAAAGAGGAGGUGGUCACUCGAGAGUACACCAUCAAUCUCCACAAGCGCCUCCAUGGCUGCACCUUUAAGAAGAAAGCUCCCAAGGCCAUAAAGGAGAUCAGGAAGUUUGCCCAGAAAGCCAUGGGAACCACGGAUGUUAGAGUCGAUGUGAAGCUGAACAAGCAGAUAUGGAGCAGGGGGAUCCGAAGUGUUCCGAGGAGGAUCAGGGUCCGCAUAGCUCGCAAGAGGAACGAGGAUGAAGACGCCAAGGAAGAGCUCUACUCUCUCGUCACCGUCGCUGAGAUCCCAGCGGAGGGGAUAAAGGGGUUGGGUACCAAGAUCAUUGAGGAUGAUGAGUAGUUUAUUUUUGCUACAGUUGAUUGUAUUGACCCUAAAUUCUGUCGGAAUAUCAGUUUUGUCGAGCAUUUUCAUUAUCACAUGAGCCUAUGGGACACACAUUAGUUGCUUGACUGUUCUUUUGCAACACUCUCGAAUGAAUUUCCAGUUCUGCUUCUUUGA